CAGGUUUGCAUGGGGUACAUAUUUCUUGACCUGUACUUCGGGGUUGAUGCGUGAAAUGUUUGAGAAAAUAGAAAAAUUUAGAAUAUUCAAGCAGGCCAAUCCCGAAUCGAAGAAAGUACACAAGUAUACCAUUGCCGGUUUUAUGCUUCCGUUUAAGAUACAGAUUUUAGAGACGUUCCCAGAGGCAACACAGUAUUAUAUACGCAUGCCGACAGAAUUGCCAUGGAUGAGGUCGUGGAUAAGAAAAACACCGUUAUAUUGGGUUCAAUGUCCUCGAAUAAUCAACGUCCUAAUAACCAUCCUAUUGUUGUCGUGGCAAACGAGACGGAGCUCAUGGUGCCAUUUUAUAUUCGAUAUGUGAAUUGGACUCUUAACCAUGAAGAAUCUCCCCCACGGCAACAUAGUGCACCUAUUGUUGCGUCGCCUCCUCGAAGAAAGAAGUACAAGUUGGAAACAUCUUCAACUGAAACAUCCACAAAUGCUUCUACCUCGCAACAACCUGAAGUAGAAAGAACUUAUAUGUCAAGCGACACAUCAACAAGGUCGGUAAAGAAGAAGAAGACGAGCACAAAGGCAUUGGUGAAGCGUCUAAUAGACGUUGUGGGUGAGUUAACUUAUAAAGUAGACCGUGUAUUACAGAAAAAAGAUGAACCACAUAUAGGGUUUAGAGAGGGGGAGGACAUGGUAAAUGAAGAGGAGGAAGAAACAUAUUACCAUGGUACACAGUUGCAUUAUGAUGAUUCAUUUACACAUGGUAUGGAGGGGAAAGUUGGGCGUACACCUACGGGGAAAAAUGUUGAGCCGUCACCAGACGUGGGUCAACAUGACAAAAAAAAACAGUGACUCCUAUUGUUAGACCGCAACGGACAAGGGGUGCUUCAUGGUAUCAGUGGACACUGUUCACAGUGAUCCAGUCCACACCAAAAUUGAAGAAAAUCACCCAACCAAGGAAAAAAAAGCAGCGGAGUGUACCGAAAAAGCAAAUGAAGAUAUUAUGAAUGAAGAGAGUAAUGAUGUUUCAAAUAAUCUACAGUUAGACAGUCUUUAUGCAAGUAGUACGUUGGGUUUUUGGAAAGAAUGAAAUAUAAUCUCUUCCAACCUCAACACUACACACAUGCUGCAUAUACUCCCACCGGAUGUGGAGUUUUGGUCAAGGUUACUUACAGUUACUAAUUCUGGGUAGUUAAUUUCUUCGGUAACAUUCGUUAAAUUUUAACUACUUUUUUAGACGAUGAUUUAUAUAAAUAAUUGUAACAUUUUUAUCUUAAAAUGUACAACAUAUUGCAAUAUGGAGUGGCUUGCUCAUGGAAAGACGUUCGGCGAACGCAAGGUGGACGAUAUACCCUCAAGAACUCAAUUUACAACCCGUAAAAUCAUUUUUUAGGAAUGUAGCAAAUGGUGUUGGAGGCUAUCCUAAAUAGAAGGAUGUGGAUAUGGUUAGUUUAGUUUAAUAAUUAUAUAUAUAUAUAUAUAUAUAUAUAUAUAUAUAUAUAUAUUUAUUUUUGUUUGCAGGUUCUAUUCCCCAUAAACGUUGUUGGUGUCCAUUGGUUUUUGGCAGUGCUACAUUUAAAUACCUGCAAAGUACACAUUUAUGAUUUAGCACGAUCUAUGAAUUUCUUCUCGAAGUACAAGAUUGGUGGAUAAUUCGAAAGUUUUUGGGAUAGUAUUAUCUCAGAGCUAGAUGUGAUUGAGUACUGGAACGAUUUCCCCGACGGACACAGAGACAUUGCAACUGUGGAGUUUGUUGAAACUAUUGACGCGCCACAGUAGGAAUACAUCGAAGAUAAAGGGGAGUGUGGAGUAUUCGUUUUCAUGUUUAUGGAUAUGGUUGUUUCGGGGAUACCGGUGAAGAUUGAUAAGCCACGUAGAGAUGCGGGAUUUCUCUAUAGAAAUAGGAUGACAAAUAUUAUUUGUGACACUAUAUAACUUGAUUUUAGGAACUUUGUAUAUAUUAAUAUGAAAUACCUGUUUUUUGU